AUGUAUGUUACCUCAGCCGGAACAACCGGUUUCCCAGUGCAAGCUACCGCUGUCACUACGAUGGCUAACCAGCAACAACAGCAGUCUCAUCACCAACAGCUGCAGCAGCAGGUUCAGCAACAGCAGCAACAGCAACAGGCUAUUGCAAACGCACAGCAGCAGCUCCAUCAAUUGGCAUAUGCAGCAGCCACUCAUCAGUUGCCUGGUGAGAGACAUUUUCAUUAUUAUUUAUAUGCUUAUGCCGAUUAA